GCUGCUUCUCCUCCGUGAAAUACACACAACCAUCAUACACCAGCAUCCACAGCUUCGUCUGCCCGUAUUCAAAAGGUAACCCUUUGGAGGAGUGAACAACUCACAGCCUGGGUGAUCAUUUCAGGAAAUAAAUCUUAUGUACAAUUUAUGGCAUUUAUGCACCAAUGCAGUGGGAUAUAAUAAGGGUAACCUCUCCCCCUUUGUUUUAGGGGAAGAUGCUUUCAUCUCCAGAGGUCUGUUGAAUCAAAGAAACCAUGAUGUUGCUGCUCUACAUUUUAUCCAGAUGGAGACGGGGUUAUUGGCUCCUUGGAUUGGUUUAAAGCAGGUGUAAGAGAAGGUUGACGAUAGGAUUUACAAGAGAAGAAGAAGACCAUGUAGACCAUAAGUGUCAGCCUAGGUUGAAAUGUCACUAUGAACAAUGGCCCAGCUGUACUACAAGAGGGUGAACUACUCACCCUACAGAGAUCGGAUCCCGCUGCAGAUUGUGCGGGCCGAGGCAGAACUCUCAUUGGAGGAAAAGGCUUACCUCAUUGCUGUAGAGAAGGGAGACUAUGCCAGUGUGAAGCAUGCACUGGAGGAGGCCGAAAUCUACUACAACAUCAAUAUCAACUGCAUGGAUCCACUUGGCCGCAGCGCCCUACUCAUAGCCAUAGAGAACGAGAACCUGGAGAUCAUGGAGCUGCUGCUAAGCCACAGUGUAUAUGUGGGGGAUGCUCUCUUGUAUGCAAUAAGAAAAGAGGUGGUUGGAGCUGUGGAGCUGCUUCUGAGUUACAGGAAGCCAAGGGGAGAGAAACAGGUGCCAGCGUUAAUGAUGGAUACACAGUUUUCCGAGUUCACCCCAGACAUUACACCUAUAAUGUUGGCGGCUCACACUAAUAAUUAUGAAAUUAUAAAACUUCUAGUCCAAAGAAGGGUGACCAUCCCUCGCCCACACCAGAUACGUUGCAACUGUGUAGAAUGUGUCUCCAGCUCAGAAGUUGAUAGUCUUAGACACUCAAGGUCAAGGCUCAACAUCUACAAGGCUUUGGCCAGCCCUUCUCUGAUUGCCUUAUCCAGCGAAGAUCCCAUCCUUACAGCUUUCCGUCUUGGGUGGGAGCUGAAAGAACUAAGCAAAGUUGAGAAUGAGUUUAAGGCAGAGUACGAAGAACUUUCUCAACAAUGCAAAAGGUUUGCCAAGGACCUACUAGAUCAAGCAAGAAGCUCUAGAGAACUAGAGAUUAUUCUCAACCACAGGGAUGACCAGAGUGAGGAGCUAGAUCCUCAAAAGUGUCAUGACCUCGCAAAACUGAAGGUAGCAAUAAAGUAUCAUCAGAAAGAGUUUGUGGCCCAGCCCAACUGCCAGCAGUUACUGGCUACACUGUGGUACGACGGAUUCCCAGGAUGGCGAAGGAAGCACUGGGCAGUAAAGCUGUUGACCUGCAUCAUAAUCGGACUGCUGUUUCCAGUGCUAUCAAUGGCAUAUCUAAUUGCACCCAAGAGCAGGCUGGGACUGUUCAUUAAAAAGCCAUUCAUCAAGUUUAUCUGCCACACAGCCUCAUAUCUCACCUUCCUUUUCCUUCUCCUUUUGGCCUCCCAGCACAUAGUGAGGACUGACCUGAACAUGCAGGGCCCACCACCAACAGUGGUAGAGUGGAUGAUAUUACCCUGGGUCCUGGGUUUCAUAUGGGGUGAAAUAAAAGAGAUGUGGGAUGGAGGCUUUACUGAAUAUGUACAUGAUUGGUGGAACCUCAUGGAUUUUGCUAUGAAUUCCCUCUACCUUGCAACCAUCUCCCUCAAAAUUGUAGCAUAUGUUAAGUACAAUGGCUCACGGCCAAGAGAAGAAUGGGAUAUGUGGCACCCCACACUUAUUGCUGAAGCCCUCUUUGCAAUAUCCAAUAUUCUUAGUUCCCUGCGCCUCAUCUCCUUGUUCACUGCAAAUUCCCACCUUGGCCCUCUCCAAAUUUCACUGGGAAGGAUGCUGCUGGACAUUCUCAAAUUCCUCUUCAUUUACUGCCUGGUGCUUUUGGCCUUUGCCAAUGGACUAAACCAACUUUACUUUUAUUAUGAGACUAGUGCCUCCGAGGAACCCAAAAACUGCAAAGGAAUCAGAUGUGAGAAACAGAACAAUGCCUUUUCCACCCUUUUUGAGACACUCCAGUCCUUGUUCUGGUCGGUGUUUGGUCUUCUCAACUUGUAUGUUACUAAUGUAAAAGCACGCCAUGAAUUUACAGAGUUUGUCGGAGCCACAAUGUUUGGAACAUACAACGUCAUCUCCUUGGUUGUGUUACUCAACAUGCUUAUAGCCAUGAUGAACAACUCCUACCAGCUCAUUGCGGAUCAUGCUGACAUUGAAUGGAAAUUUGCUAGGACUAAGCUAUGGAUGAGUUAUUUUGACGAAGGUGGGACUCUGCCACCGCCAUUUAACAUAAUUGCCAGCCCAAAGUCUAUCUGGUACUUUUGCAAAUGGAUCCAUUUUCAGCUGUGCUCGGGCAAAAGCUGCGAAGACAUACAGAAGCAACAUGAGAAUCUGAAAACCUUCACGGAACGGCAUGCUGACAACCUGAUACAGAAUCAACAUUACCAGGAGGUUAUCAGAAAUCUGGUGAAGCGUUAUGUUGCAGCAAUGAUCAGAAAUUCGAAAACAAAUGAAGGUCUCACUGAGGAAAACUUUAAGGAGCUAAAACAAGAUAUCUCAAGCUUCAGGUAUGAGGUACUUGACCUUCUGGGAAAUAGGAAGCCUCCGAGAAGAAGCUACUCAACCAGCAGCACAGAGGUAUCUCAGAAAGAAGAUGUAGCUGAAGAUCGGGUCAAAUCAAAAAGUGUUUCCUUCAGUGUAGCCAACAAGAAAAAGGAUUUCAAUGUAUCGGCUCUAAUUAAAACAAUGUCUGGAAUUGAGACAGUGGAUGAUGCGCCUAAGAGUAACGGAAUUAAUAAGCGCUCAUUUAUUAGGAAUGGAAACAAGUUACAGAGGCUUUCGAGUUCUAAGAAGGAGUCCUUCAAAAGACUUGGUCUUCUUUUUUCCAAAAUGAAUGGGCAUAUGCCAGAACCACCUUCAAAACCAGUAUAUACCAUAACUGAUGGACUUAUCCAACCUCACUGUAUGUGGCAGGAAUUAAAACAAACUGAGCAAGAGACAGAGGGCUCUAAAAGUGAAAUUAACCUCAAUGAGGUAAGUCAUGAUGGGAGCAUCGGUGGACAAAUUAGUGACUCCUCUCCUGUUUGUACCAAUUCCCUACACUGUGCUUCCAGCCUCUCAUCUUCAAGCGCCAAACUGAUAGACUCCACAGAAGAUGUGUUUGAUUCAUGGGGUGAGGCAUGCAAUUUACUCAUGAACAAGUGGAAAGAUGGCCAAGAAGACCAGGUCACAACAAGACUAUAAGUAAAUACUAGUUAGGACUGCUGUAAAAAAUUAGCAAUCGUAUGUUUGUAAACAUUUCCUUUUACAGAACAUUUAAAAAGGUAGACUUCCCUUCCUGUUCAUAUGGAUGAGUAUAGAAUUCCAACAGCUAUCUAUUUUGCAAUAUUUUUUUACAAAUUUGUGUUGCUUUUUAUAACAGAGUGUGCUAAAUUAUCUUCUUUCCAAGCUUUGAUCCCCUGCUGUUUACCCAAAAUGUUUUUUUUCUACUGCAGUUUUCACCAGCAUCAUUAUGGCUUUUCAUUGGACCCCAAAAUGUCUUCUGCACAGUUGUUAAAGGUCAGGUAGUUUUCCUGUAAUCCCUGCUGAGCAUAAAGGUAAUAUUUAAGAGACUUGGCCUUCAAGGGACUAAAUUAGAAUUGUGUAUAAACUCAUCUGUAAGUCACAAUGUGCCAGCAUUGUAAAGCACCUUGUUGUCUAAAAUACGGCUUUAACCGUAUGAGUUAGCGCAACACUCGGUAAAAUGUCACGUGCAGCAUUGGAAUUUGUCUCUGAUGCACAAUGAACUUAUUCAAAUUGAUAGUUGUGUCUCUUCCAGUUGUCCGUAUCUUAGUGGGCUUACUAUCUACAGAGGUAGUGAAAACAUAGUUCCCCAACUGAGAAAUGGCUGUUUGGUCAGUUUUUGUAGCAUUUACAUCAAAAGUCGUAUGAAUCCCAGAUUUAAUGCUAAUUCUAUAAAUAUGCUCCAUUUGAG